UAAAAAGUAUGGCCAUGUGGUUGUGUGAUAUGCGCUCUGGACUUUCAUCAUGAGUGUCCUGGUUUUAACACUGCUGCUGCCACCCCCGCCAUCCUGCUGGAUGUUUGGGCUGGGUGGUAAUGAUCUUCAAAUCUGAAGGAGCAUCCGAAUAGUGUAAAACUUUUUAUUUUUAUUAUUUUAACAAGAUUUGUUACUUAUCAGUUUCUUACUUUCACAGGGUAUAAAAAAAAAUGGCUGAAGAGCAGAACAUGACAACACUUAUGCUGCAGUGGAGUGACCACAGUAAUAAACUUCUGGAGAAAUUAUACAUGCAGUGGAAGUCUGUUUCUUUUUGUGAUUUGUGCAUUGUCUCUAGCAAUAAGCACCUGGAGACUCAUGCGUGGGUUCUGUCUGCCUUUAGUCCUAGAGUAGCUUCUCAUGUCUCUAAAUGUACGAGUUCACUAGAAGGGAGAAAGCUUGCCCCACCGUACAUCAUGGAGGUGCAAUAUAACUAUGAGGUCAUGUCUGCCAUCAUCACUGCUUUGUACACAGGGGUCUUCAGCCCUCCAUCUGACUUUUUGCCAGAGACCUAUGCUGCAGUUAAGUGGUUUGAUAUUUCAGAACUCAAAGAACUUUUAGAGAAUCAUUUUGAUGAUGAUACCUUGUUACUGCCUGAAGACUUACAGUUAAGCAUCAGGGUCACUGACAAUAACACUUUCUGUGACGCAGUUGUAAAACUAGAAGAGUUAUCUCCGACUGAAGAUAGUAAUGACAUUGAUCUCCAGAACUGCAUUGUUACAACUUCUUUUCCUGACCUAAAAGUUUUAAAUGAGCUUAAUAGUGAUGCAGGAAAAAUGGUGCGAAGAACUGCCAGAAAGCGCAAGUCAUUACCUUGCAGGUAUGAUGGGGAGAUCUUUAUCAUAGGUCCACCCAAGAAGGAGAAGCCAUCCAGUAAGUCUGACUUCCUUGGAGUCAGUGAGGUGACGCACAAUGACUCAACCAGCAUCUCAUCUCAACUUGAUGUUAGGCUGAAAAAGUUAUCUGCAGAUGACAUUAACAUAUCUCAUACUCCACUGAAAAUUAAGGAAGAAGAGUAUCCCAGUAUGGAUACUGAUGCAGGCCAAGAUCAUAAUGACUUGACUGUCUCAGAAGAACAUGUUGACUCUAUUUCACAGUCAAGUGUCACCAUUAAAAUGAAUAAAAAGUGUAGGGACAAAACAACAGAAAAUAUGAAAAGAAAACAAGAGAAGACCAAAAGAACUAAAAUUGCAGAAGUGACUGACAAACUAAUACUUUCUACUACAAAAAGAAAAAAAGACAAAAACUUGAAUCUCAGUUCUGUAACCAGAGGCACCCAUAAAACUACAACAAUUAUAGAAGAGGUCAAGCACACUGACCCGAUUGGUCCUCUACUUUCUGACCUGGAUGCCAAAAAGUGUGAAAAGUGCUAUAUAACAUUACCCAACCUUGAAAUAUAUAAUCAGCACAUUAACGAUCACCCUGAAUUCAGUUGUCAAGACUGUGGCCAGAUAUUUUAUCGCAAAUAUGAUUGCACUAGGCAUCAGCGAAACAAACACUCUGGCCGCCCAUGGCUAAAGUGCGUUAAUUGUACAUUCCAAGCAUCUACGGAGAUUGGGCUGAAGAGGCAUUUUCAAGAGCUCCAUGGAGAUGACAAACCAUUUGUAUGUACAGUGGAAGGCUGUGGCUACAGAAGCUCCAGAUACACAGAAAUGGGCCAUCAUUUGCGAACGCACAGUGAUGCCAAAUCUUUUUAUUGCGAGAAAUGCGGUCAGGGGUUUGCCUUGUACAGAUGUCUUGUCUAUCAUCAGAGGUCUUGCUACCGCCUGCAGCCUUUUCUCUGUGACAUUUGUGGCCAGGGCUUUAACCACCAACAGUCUAUGCUUAUCCACAAGAGCUGUGUGCAUUUUGGUGUGAAGUCGUACACUUGUAAAGUGUGCUCACAUUCAUUCGGUAACCACAGUAAUCUUCGCAGGCACAUGAGAAUUCACAAUAAUUCAUUCCCGUACCCCUGCCCGGUCUGCGAUGAAAAGUUUAGGCAUUCCAACUCCCUCAAAAUGCAUCUGAGUGUCAAACACAAAGGAGAAGGUGACUUUCGGUUCUUGGUGAAGAACAGCCAACCCUGGAACAAACUAGGGGGCCAAAGCUACAAGCGAAGGUCGAAAAACCUGGCCACAGAUUCCUUGACCACUUCUGCAGAAACAGUUGUGGGUAAAGCAGCAACAGUCAACAAGAAGAAUAGCAGCAAAGCCAAAGGUAACAAGACCUCUGCCUCAAAUGGUGACAUUGUUGAAUCAAGGCAGAGAAGAUCAAAAAGAUCUGUAAGACCUACUUCACAGAAAUAUAAGGAUUAUGUGAUGCCUGGUUCAGAUUCUGACCUAAGUGAAUCCAACAAGAAAAGUACACGAAAAAGAGCAUGGGAUUCAAACUACGAACCCGAUGCCUUGUCAGAUAGAGAGUUAUUGUCCUCAGAUGACCAGCUAGACUUUGAUCAUGGAACAUCUCUGACUGAUGACAUUAAGAAUGAAUUCUCUUGUGACCAGUAAUUAAGAUUGAGCAUGGUAACCCUAGACAGUGCACUGAAAGCAGAAGCAGGUCUUUAGAUGGAAGGACAACUUCAAAUGAUGAUAGGAAUCAAAAUCUCACUUCGGAGCCCUCUGCCUUAUUAUUUCCUGUGUGAAGCUAUCAGCCCAAUUAUUUUUCAGUCUGUGUAGCGCAGUGCCCUAGCAUCUGCUGAUUAUGAUGC